AUGGACAUCAUCGAGCCCUGGGUCAAUAAUAUUUACAAUGUUUCCAUGCUUGUGAAGGACAGAUGGAAAACAUAUGUGGCGGAUUCAGUAAUUUCUACUUAUUUUCAGUCCUCUGAGAUGAAUCAGGGAGAAGUCGCACGUCUACGAUAUUUCUAUCCAACACAUCAGGAAAGUCGGAGUUUGGUUUUGUACUCUAUCUAUUGGCAAUCACAAAUAUUGAAUAAUAUAUUGAAGAUUUUCAACUUCAUUACUAUCCGAGAUCCGUAUGCGAUUUUCGCGCGCGAGUUGGGACCUACAGAUUACCCCUAUGUCGUCGGGCACGAAAUCGUCGGACAUGUUACUCGCGUAGGAUCUGGAGUAGCUACCCUCUCCUCUCCAUCUCGGCAUUUGAAAGUUGGAGAUCGAGUGGGCAUCGGGGCACAAUCGGACUCGUGCCACCGACCAGAGUGCCCAGAGUGCUCUUCCGGAUUAGAGAACCACUGUCAAUACCAAACGGGAACAUAUGGAGGUCGAUUUCGUGAUGGGAGUAAGUCAUAUGGUGGCUUGCCCAGUGCCGCUGCUGCACCCCUCUUAUGCGCCGGAAUAACGGUGUUUUCGCCCUUGGUGAAAAAUGGCGCUGGGCCGGGUAAAUCCAUUGGCAUUAUUGGGAUUAGAGGGCUGGGACACUUGGGCCUUUUGUUCGCGAAAGCGCUAGGUUGCGAUCAUAUUACUGCUAUUUCGCGGACGAGCGCGAAAAAAGCUGAAACGUUAGGUGGUCUAGGAGCGACCAAGUUUAUCGCGACGGAUGAGGAUAAAGGUUGGGCGAAGACACAUGCUCGAUCAUUGGACCUAAUUAUCAGCACUGUUUCAUCCUCGGAUAUGCCUAUUGGAAACUAUCUGCGGCUCAUGAAGGUAAAUGGGCAGUUCAUUCAAGUCGGUGCUCCAGAAGAGCCAUUCCCAGCCUUCAGGGUAUUUCCGCUUAUAAGCAAGGGAGUCAAAAUUGGAGGCUCGACAAUAGGCUCUCCAGAAGAGAUCCGCCAGAUGCUCUAG